UAUGGGCACCCAAUAAGCAGCCUGUUUUGUUGUUGGAUUGGCUAUAAAAUCCCAAAUCCCCUCAGCUCCUGGCUGCUGGCACCAAGGCUCACUAACAGCAAGCAGAAUGGCCUUUCAGUCUGUGCUCUUUGUUUUCUUAGCUGGACUGGUAUUUUUCUCUGAAGCUGCACCACUGGUGUCCCAUGGCUCCGUUGAUUCCAAAUGCCCUCUUAUGGUGAAAGUGCUGGAUGCAGUCAGAGGAAGCCCUGCAUCUGAUGUAACUGUUAAAGUUUUUAAACAGGCUGAAGAUGGAAGCUGGCAGGACUUUGCUGUUGGGAAAACCACAGAGUAUGGAGAGGUUCAUGAGCUCACAACAGAAGAACAGUUUGUAGAGGGAAAAUACAUGGUGAAGUUUGAAACCAGCUCUUACUGGAAGGCGCUCGGGCUUUCAGCAUUCCACGAAUACGCUGAUGUGGUGUUCACUGCUAAUGAUUCUGGUCACCGCCACUACACCAUCGCCGCUCUCCUCAGCCCUUUCUCCUACUCAACCACUGCUGUUGUCACUGAUCCCCAGGAAUAAACAUGUACUGUCUUUUUCACACUUUCCUCCAAUAGAACUAUCAUAGGCUUUUAGGAGGAAGGUUUUUCCUACUGCUAAAGCAUAACUUUUUGCUACAUUAGUUGUUGUUUUUUUUUCCAUUUUGUAACCUGGCAAACUUCAGACAAGUCAAUAAAAUAUUACUUCUUUAAAACAA